UGUAGAUAUUUGUCAUAUCGUGUUUCUCAUCAUAUUCAAAUUUGUGAAAAUGAAUGCAAACUCAGAGAGAAUUGAGAUUUCAAGAAAUUUGUUGGAAAAGGCUGAAAAAGCUCGUUCCGUACUACUACCGACAAAGUCGGAACUUAAGUACAAAAAGGAAUAUGACAAAUUUCUGCAGUGGAUGGAAGUUAACCGUAUGGAUAGUAAAAACACGAGUGAAACUGUAAUGUUGGCGUAUUUUCAAGAGAUGUCUGAAUUGUAUAGUCCUAAUUCGCUGUGGACAAAGUGGUCAAUGCUAAAAUUGAUGAUGAGAAUACAUGAUGACAUAGAUGGAAGUAAAUUUCACGAAUUGGAAGCGUUUCUCAAACGCAAAAGUAAAGGCUAUGAGCCAAAAAAGUCUCAAGUGUUUAGUCGGGAAGAUAUUGUCAAAUAUGACAACAUUGAAGAGACAUGGUGGAUGGCGAAGUUCAACGGUGGCAGAAGGGUAUUUGGCCGACAGCAUGGAAUUGAAAAACAAAACUGCAAGAAUGUUAGCUGGCAUGUCAGAUGAAAGAAGGGAAACAACUUCAUGUUUGAAUACAGUCAUCAACAGUGACAACCGUUUAAUAGAAAAUCCUUGCAAUUCGGGUAACAACUUUAGUGGUAAAUUCGACAACUGUCGGUUUGUUUUUGUGAACA